CUAACUGUGACGAACGGUGCUCCAAUUCCUGGGCACAGACAGAGCACAGCUUGGAGCCAGGAACCUCUGUCUGCCUGUCUAGUGUGUGGUGUUACUCAGUUCAGUGCUUAUUGUUAUUGUAAAUUUAGGAUAAUUUUAUUAGUCUCACUCCCUUUUUUUUACUUUUACUCACGAGCAUUUCUGACAGACCGUUGCACCCAGUGAAGUGUUCCUUAGUUUCCUAGGUUUUCCAUUUCGAUCAUUCUUCUCCACUCUUAGAUCGACUUAGCAUCCAGCCAAUGUGCCGUCUAGAGAAAUUGAUGGUUAAUUGACAGUGAGCUGCAGGAUUUACUUCAUCGAUCCAUGCACACGUAAAAUUCGCACACUGAAAAUGGAUAAAUAAGACUUGACUGUUCAUCACAAGAGCCAUCGCGAAGCCAACACUCAUAUCCGGCCCUCCCAAUAAACAUCACCAGUUGGAGUAACCACACCGAAGAUGCAGGGAUUUUCGAAUUUGAAGGAUCGUGCCAGCGGAGUUUUUGGCGGUACUCGUUAUGAGAACUUCGAGAUGCCAAAGCACGGCUACGAGCAGAUGGACGACGGGACUGGAGCGAUCGGCGGCGGCGGCUACGCGGAUGAGGGCCCAGAGUCGCCAAUGUCCUAUGACGACUACGAGCGUCCUCCGCUGCGACACAUAGACAAGUACUUGAAGGCCGAAUGUCCCUGCUUCAGCACAGUUCGCUACACCAUCGCCCUGAUGACCUGCCUCGGCUUCAUCAUCUCCUUCGGGAUGCGCUGCAACAUGGGCAUGGCCAAGCUCAAGUCUGAGGUGUCCGUCUUCAAUUGGACCGUCGGCGUGGAGAGUGCCGUGGACUCGUCAUUCUUCUGGGGUUAUCUCGUAACGCAAGUGCCUGGUGGCUUUCUGGCGUCCAAGUUUCCCGCCAACAAGAUCUUCGGCACGGCCAUCGCAUGCUCCAGCUUCCUCAACCUCCUCGUUCCCGGCGCCACAAUGCUCCAUCCCGGCUUCAUCAUCAUCGUCCGAAUGCUGCAGGGCCUCGUGGAAGGGGUCACUUAUCCCGCUUGUCACGGCAUCUGGCGCUUCUGGGCGCCACCCUUAGAGAGAUCUAGGCUGGCCACCAUGGCUUUCAGUGGUUCCUAUGCUGGGGUGGUGAUAGGCAUGCCAAUGUCAGGAAUUCUCAGUGGCUGGAUUAGUUGGCAGGCAGCCUUCUACUUCUACGGCGUCAUGGGCCUGUUCUGGUACACACUCUGGCUUUGGCUCGCCUUCGAGAAACCCCGCGUUCAUCCUGCCAUCACAAUUCAGGAAUUGAAGUUCAUAGAGAAAAGUCUAGGCGAGACGAAUCCUUGCUCCACAAUGCCCACUAUAAGUUCGACGCCUUGGAUGGAGUUCAUGAGAUCUAUGCCGGUCUACGCGAUAAUCGUGGCUAACUUCUGUCGGUCGUGGAACUUCUAUCUGUUAGUGCUCUAUCAAAGCGCCUACCUCAAGCACUCAUUUGACUUUCGCAUAGAGGAGGCAGGAAUUGUUGGUGCACUGCCCCAUCUCAUCAUGACUAUCAUAGUGCCAUUUGGCGGCAUCCUGGCGGAUAGACUGAGGAAGUCCGGAGCGAUGACGACAACGAAUGUGAGAAAGCUCUUCAAUUGCGGAGGAUUUGGUCUGGAAGGUGUCUUCUUUCUCGUUGUAGCGCACGCUAAAACAGCAACUUCUGCAAUAACAGCCCUGACCAUCGGAGUGGCAUGCAGUGGAUUCGCCAUAUCGGGAUACAAUGUCAAUCACUUAGAUAUUGCGCCUAGGUAUGCUAGUAUCCUCAUGGGUCUGUCGAAUGGAAUAGGGACAAUCGCAGGGCUGAUAUGUCCCAUAGCAAUAGACUACAUUACGAGAGAUAAGCCGAAGGAGUGUUGGUCCACAGUGUUCACAAUAGCCGCCACAGUUCAUCUCAUUGGCAUCACGUUUUAUGGGAUUUUUGCAUCGGGUGAACUCCAACCAUGGGCCGAACCUGUGGUUGAGGAGAAGAAAGUCUGGACCCCAACGACUGCCGGAUUGACCAAAGAGACUACCUUUAAUGACCCAUCACAGGAAAUCAGUAGUACAACCAAAACUGUCAGCUAUGGUGCUGUAGAACAUGUGGCAGGCAAUCCCUUCGCCUAUCCCAGCACAAUUGCGGAAGAGCCCGUCCAGCCAGAACCGAGAGACACGUAUUUGCAUGGCGGCGUGGACGAGAGGACAUAUUGAAGGUUAUCAUAAAUACAUUGAACCAUUGACUACACGAUUCAUAUCUACUCAUUAACCUCACUCUUUGCGUUUAUCAUGUUGAUCCCACUUUUACUCAAUGUUACCUCAUUUAUAGUUUAUCGUGGAGAGAAGUAUAUUUACAUUAUAGGGUUAAAAUCCAGAGAAAUAAAGAAAUUAAUUAUAUUAGAUUUUUGUGAUCUCAUAGCUGUGAGACAGUAUUUGACUCAAUUCACACGAGAGAGAGAGAGAGAGAGAGAGAGAGAGAGAGAGAAAAUGAUAUUAAACAGAAAUGAUGUAUGAAUAUUUUAAAUGUGUUAUAUUCUGUAUCAUACUAGUUAAGAUUCAUAGGAACAUGAGAGGUAUGUAGGUUGAGAGGAACUAUAACAUGUGUUAUCGGUUAAAAAAUUGAUGGAUAAGAAAUAAAGAAAAAAAAUGAAUUAUAACAAGGAAUCACACCCUGCUUAAGCAAUUAUCUACUUAGAUAGUACAUACUUAAAAAUAGAAUAAAGUUUUAUGAAAGGAAUAUACAAAAGCUUAGAUUAAAACAUGUAGUACACUAAUUCCAAGAAUGUAUAAAAUAAAUGUUAUAUGAGAAUAAUUAAAAUAGCAAACAAAUAAACCUAACAUUUAAUGCGUAUUUACAGAUAACAUAUUUAAAAAUAAUGACUAAACUAACAGCAUAAUAAUAGAUGGAGACAUAGUGUUAGCUGGAAGGUGAAAUCAAAAUAUAAGAAAUGCUAAGAAGAUGCAUUUGUUACUUGAAGCACUCUCAUAGGAUGUAAAAUGUAAAUUUAACAACUAAAGAGUCAAUUUUGAACCGUGUAAAGAAAUUAUAGUCAUUAGUUGUCUAUACAAUUUCUCAGUUUACCUCUUCAUUUUGUAAAAUACACUCCAAUCAUCACUUCCCACAUUUAGUUAUGGUCGGGCUUAGUGUAAUAUAUAGAAAAGCUAAUCAAAUGCGUGGUGUUAGGUUUAAUUUUUUGAAGAAAAAACGCACACUUCAUUCAAAAGCCACCAUUCUUCAUCAUUUCGCAUGACAUAAAAUUAUGUGUUCUCAAUUGUUAGUGAAAGCAAGAAAGAUGGUAUUAGGCAGUUUAGAUCAUGAACUAAGAGUAAGGUUAUAAAUAUUUGAGGUGUUCUCACUCUCAAAGGCUGUGUUGACAAUAAUAAAAUGAAUAAAAAUCGCGAUGGAGAGAAUCUAGUUAUAAUUAUGAAAAUGCCACUACAAAUGCGGCACCUAAAAACCAAACACGAAUGUAAAUUUUAUAAGUAGAUGUAAAAACAAUAAUAACUAUUACAGGAUUUAAAUUCAUAGUCAUAAUUAUUUACCGAAAUUCCCUUAUAACGUCAUUAUUUGAGCAUGAAACAUAAAACUUUGAGUCUUAAUAUAUGUUUUUUUCUCGAUAAUUUCACUUCAGUCCAGUACUUGCAGUGAUUAACAUAAAAAUUUCAACGGGUGAUUGAAUUGUAAUUUAAAUCUUGUUUUCACAUUACCAAUAACACUUAAGACUUUCAGCAGUAGGCUAAUGUGUGUAAUUUUCAAUGAAAGCGUGCAGUGACGAGACAAUAAAUAACCUUGCUAUUUUUCCAAGACACUGAUAUUGACAACAUGAGGAAGAAUCAAUUGAUAUAAAAUAGCAAGGUUGAAAUAAAUCUAGGCAGAUAAGUAGAAAUUGGUGAUAGGUGUAAUUAUGUUUCAAUUUCGUUGAAUUAAGGCUACACGGUAAGGUGAGAAGAGUAUAUAGAGUGUAAGAAAAUUGUAAAACCAUGAAACAGGGUGCAAAUUAGAUUCACCCUCCCUAAAUAUGAAGCUUCCUUCCUUGAGUCACAAAAUGAAAAGAAAAUCAAUUGAAAAUUCUCAAUACGGACAUCAACUGUACAUUAAGAAGAAUAAUUGUCCAUAAUAUAUGCUUAUAUCCGGAUAUAUCACUUUAAAAUACAUAUAUAUGUAUGUAUAUGUAAAUGUAAAACAAAUAAUGGUAAUACAAAAUCAAUAUUAUGCAGUGAGGAGACGAAAAUAUAUAAAAACAUUACUGUUCUUUACAAACAAAGGUCUUAAAGGAAAUAAUCAUGUGGGUAAAACUGUGAAAGAACCCUAUAAUAACAGAAUAGUCAUAUAAACAGACACAUAUAAAAUAAAAUAUAUUAUACUGUUA